AAGAAACACAAAAACUCAAAAUCAAACUUUUUCCCUUUUGUUUUCUCUUCUCUUUUAUUUGUCUUUUGUUAGAUGAUCCAUCAAGUUAAUGUGUCGGGUCGCCGGGUUCUGACAUUUCCGGCGGUUCAUCCGUGUGAGUCCAUCUCUCCAUCCACGCUUCUCAACUCACUCAUUGAGCUUGCUCAAAGUAUAUGUGCUUACAAGUCUCAUUUUUUUUCUUCCAAUAAGAGAAACGCUCAUGAAACCAUUCGCCAAGUCCAGAAUGUUUUGAUUUUACUAGAAGACAUCCGGGUCGGAUUAUCAGACGUUCCGGAUUCGUUUGUUCUCGGCUUGUCCGAGCUCCAUUUAGCCUUCCAGAAGAUUCACUUCUUGCUGGAAGAUUGUACCUGCGAAGAUGCGCGACUUUGGAUGCUUAUGAAGUCAGAUAGGGUGGCCAACCAGUUCCGGGUCUUGAUUCGGGCCAUUAGUACGGGUCUGGAUGUCUUGCCCCACGAGACAGUUGGUGUAUCAAGUGAAGUGAAGGAGUUAGUUGAGCUAGCAAUGAGGCAGGCGCGUAAAGCAAGAUUUGAAGUUGACCCAGAUGAUAAACGGGUCAUCAAUGAUGUCUUCCGGAUCUUGGGUCGGUUUAAGGAUGGGGUUGACCCCGAUAGGAAUGAAAAACAGCAGGUUUUGUAUUAUCUUGGAAUAAAAAAUUGGAGUGAAUGCAAUAAAGAAAUCAAAUUCUUGGAUACAGAAAUUGGGACGGAGUACUUGAAUGAAGAGAAAAGAAGAGAAUUGUCACUCUUAAGCAGUUUAAUGGGGUUGUUGAGCUACUGUAGAUGUGUAAUGUUUGAUCUCGUUGACACUAAAGCUAAUCAACAAGUUAACCAAUGGAGUACGAAGAUGCUUAAUGGGGUGAGCCCGGAUGAUUUUAGGUGUCCAAUUUCGCUAGAGAUCAUGAAAGAUCCAGUCACGCUGUCCUCAGGACACACUUACGAUCGUGCUUCAAUCUUGAAAUGGUUUAGAGCUGGCAAUUCUACUUGUCCCAAGACUGGUGAGAGGCUCAAAAAUAAAGAGUUAGUGUCUAAUUUGGCUUUAAAGAGGAUAAUUCAAGAUUGGUCUGUUGAAAAUGGAGUAUGUAUCGGUGAAGAGUCGAGUCACAAGAAUCUUGAUAUUACGAGAACGGUUCUUGCUGGGAGUAUGGCUGCUGAAGGAGCUGUGAAAUUGUUGGCUAAUUUUCUUGCUGGCAGGCUUGUAGAUGGAACUAGUGAAGAGAAGAAUAAAGCUGCUUACGAGAUCCGGCUUCUCACUAAAACAAGCAUUUUUAGUAGGUCUUGUUUGGUGGAAGUUGGUUGCAUUCCAAGUCUAUUGAAUCUUUUGUCAUCAAAAGAUUCAUCUACUCAAGAGAAUGCUAUUGCGGCUUUGUUGAAUCUGUCGAAACACCAGAAAAGCAAGAGUAUAAUAGUGGGAAAUGGAGGAUUGGAAUUGAUUAUAGAUGUCUUGAAGAAGGGACUGAAAGUUGAGGCUAGGAAUCAUGCGGCUGCUACACUGUUUUACAUUGCGUCUAUAGAAGAGUACAGGAAAUUGAUUGGUGAAAUUCCUGAGGCUAUACCGGCUUUAGUGGAGAUGGUUAGGGAUGGAACUAAUCGUGGCAAGAAGAAUGCAUUAGUGGCAAUAUUUGGGCUGCUAAUGCAUCCUGGCAAUCACUGGAAGGUGCUUGCAGCCGGGACAGUUCCUUUGCUGGUUGAUCUUUUGAGUUCUUCUAAUAGACAAGAAAUUGUAACGAAUUCUCUAGCGGUUUUAGCAACUAUAGCGGAGAAGGUUGAAGGGACAUUAGCAAUUAUACGCCAUGGAGCGUUGAAUGUGAUAGUGAGGAUUUUGGACGACUCCACUUCACGGGCAGGGAAGGAGUACUGUGUGUCUUUAUUGCUGGCUUUGUGCAUCAAUGGUGGUGCAUAUGUGGUUGCUCUUUUGGCGAAGAGCCCUUCUCUUAUGGGAUCGUUGUAUUCCCUACUCAGCGAAGGCACAUCGCGGGCUAGCAAGAAGGCCAGUGCUCUCAUCAGAGUCCUUCAUGAAUUUUAUGAAAGAAGCUCCUCUGGCGCAUUGGCUCCCGUUCUUCCUCAAGAACGUUCUGUUCACGUUUGGUAACCCAAAUUUUUAAGGGUGCCCAUUCAUCAUUCAUAUCUUUGUGGCAUCUGUCCACCGGUCCAUGUAAACACAAACAAUGUUUGCCUUUUCCUUGUUUGAUUGUGUUAUUAGCUCGCUUUUUUGAAGAGCUAAUAGUCAAAUCAGCUUCUUUUUUUUUUUUUAUGAAGCUUUGUGUACAAAAACACUGUUGUAUGUGAUUAUUUUUUCCUGAUUCAUGAUAAUAAGAUUGUAAUACAGUACUGCUGUAAACAUCAUCUGCUGUAGAUUUCAAAAUAAAGAACAAUGCUUAUUCUUUGUUGUAUCUUCAAUUUCUAUCCAUGAAUGGUUUGCGAGAGAUUUUACUUGUGUUUGAGACA